AUGGGGCCUCGACACCCUGCCUCCGAGACGGCGGGUCAGCGCGCCGAAGCUCAUGACAUCGACGACAGCCCGCUCGACUCAGCCAAAGCAUCAGCCGAAAAGUCAGCUGACUCUUCAAAAUCCAAGGGCGAUCCCACCAACAAGGACAAUGUCAUUCGCUUCGCCCCGCUCUCGAUCCCACGCAACCGUCGACUGCAGACCCUCGGCGUCCUCUUCUGGGCCUUACUCCUGCCAAUCUGCCUGAGCAUCUUCUUUCUGCUCCUCUCCUUUCCUCUCGCAUGGCCAAUCCUGAUCCCCUACCUCAUCUGGAUCAACUUCAUCGACACUGCUGCCGAAAAUGGCGGUCGUCGCAUCCCAUGGGUCCGCAAGCUGCCCGUCUUUCGCUUGUUCGCAGAGUACUUUCCCAUCUCGAUGAUCAAGACCGCCGACCUGCCGCCUGAUCGUCCGUACAUCUUUGGAGUCCACCCACACGGUAUUCUCGGUGUCGCUGCCGUCUCCAACAUGGCAACAGACGCGACAGAGUUCCCCACGAGUUUCCCUGGCAUCACCCCGCAUCUCCUGACCCUUGCGACCAACUUCACCAUUCCGCUGUUCAGGGACUGCAUCAUGGCCAUGGGGAUAUGCAGCGUCUCGAAACACAGCUGCGAGGCUAUCCUCCGGAAAGGCAAGGGAAGCGCAAUCGCCAUCGUGGUGGGUGGAGCGAGCGAAAGUCUAGCUGCGCAUCCAGGCACCGCAGACUUGACGCUCAAGAGGAGGCUUGGGUUUAUCAAGAUCGCCAUUCGUAGCGGUGCCGAUCUCGUACCCGUUUUUUCUUUCGGCGAAAAUGAUGUGUACGAGCAGCUCUCCAACGAGGAGGGAACCAAGGUGUAUGCGAUCCAGAAGAAGUUUCAGGCGGUAUUCGGGUUCACGCUGCCCUUCUUCCACGGUCGAGGGCUGUUCAAUUACAGCGUGGGGCUCAUGCCGUACAGGCAUCCUAUUGUCAGCGUCGUGGGCAAGCCAAUACACGUCAAACAAAACUCGAAUCCGAGCAAGGAAGAGAUUGAGGAGGUGCAGAACAGAUACAUUGAAGAGCUCAUGAACAUCUGGGAGACAUGGAAAGACGCAUACGCCGCCAAUCGCACCAAGGAGCUCACGAUCGUAGCGUAG